CGAUGGCAGGAGCGCAAAUGCAGCGCAAACACGCGCGCAGAACGGAACGGUUCCGAUGCAGCAGGCGCACGCGCGAGCGUUGCAUGCAUCUCGUCUUGGAAGCAAUGCAGCUGCUUGCACACUCGUGACUGUACCGCGGACUCUCUCAGCCGUGGCCAUGCAUGCAUGCAGCCAUCAGUCACGGCCUGGUCGCUAUACACAUCAGCAGCAUAUCCGGGAGCUCAUGGAAAGCUGCAUCCGCCCAGCAUGCAAAGCCAGCAGAGCACGCGCAUGCAUGACCCAUCACGAAUGUGAAUUGAAUCGCCCGAACGAAGACAGUCCCCUCACCGCGUAUGUGCAUGCCGGCCGGGGACGCGCGUGAGCAUAUCACCGCGGCCUCAACACGUAUGCGCAUCACGCGCGCGGCGACGACGACGACGUCGAGAAUAAGCAGGCAGCAUAUGCGCGCGCGUGCGUUUCUUUACG